CGCCGGGGGGCCCGGAGCCAGCGGGAGCUCUUCAGCUACCUGCCGGGGGCCAGGAGGGAGCCCCGGGCGGAGAGGAAGCACCCGGUGCUGGGGGACUACGAGAGCGACCGUGAGAACUGGUCCCCCGACCGCUACUCCCGCGGGUGUCACCGGGGAGCCGACUUCUCCAAGAGCUCGCUGCCUGAGCGCGGCCGCUUUGACAAGUGUCGGAUCAGGCCGUCUGCCUUCAAGGCCGUGGCUGGGAAAGGCCUGGUCUCCAUGCAGGGCCUGGCCUCCUCGAAAGGGCAGAAGCUGUCAAAGAGCAACGGGAGCCUGCACACCCUCCUGUCCCAGAGCAGCACCUGCACGGGGGCCUCCUCCCAGCACGGCCCCCUGCGCACCCACCUGCUGCACACCAUCAGCUUGGAGGAGGCCUCCAACUCCAGCCACAACUCCGUCCAGAGCUUCCCCUCCUACCCGCCCUGCUUUAGACCUGCCCCGGGUCAGCUCAGCGCCUCCAUGGGCCACAUCAACCACAUUGGGGGCUCCCUUGACCGGGGCUCCCGGGGCCCCAAAGACCCUCUGGCAGUGGAGAAAGCGCCUCUGUCCUGCAAGAGCAUGGCCACGCUGAGCCGCCUGCAGAGCUCCGGGGAGUCCCCACCCCCCUCCGAUUUCACCUCCCUGGAGGAUGUGCUGAAGCACCUGGAGGACCGGCUGCAGGAGAAGAGCGGGGAGCUGUGGCAGCUGAAGAGGAGCCUCAGCGAGACUGACGACCCCUUCGCACAGGUGUUUGAGGACAGGCAGCAGCUGUGGUGCUGCUCCCAUUCCAGAGAAACCUUUUCCCCUUGCGCCCAGGGGAGGGAGCCGGGGUGGCCCGUGGAGCAGCUGGCCAGCCUGGAAGCUCGUAGUAGUGCGAGCCCGGCUGUGCGGUGGAGCCCUGCCUUGUGCCCGCAGGUGUUUGAGGACAGGCAGCAGCUGUGGCUGGGUGGGGCGGGGGAGGGGGAAGAGGGCACAAUGCAGCAGGUGACCCAGCAGGCCCAGCGCAGCCAGCGGGCGCUGCAGCUGCAGCUCUACCAGCUCUACAAAGCGCAGCAGGGGAAGAAGCGGCUGCAGGAGGAGCUGAGCCUGCAGCAGGGCCAGUGCGAGGAGCUGCGGCGGCGGCAGCAGUGGACCAGGUGGGAGGUUUGUCAGAAGGCAGCUGAGAUCUCCCUGCUCAAGCAGCAGCUUCGGGAGUCCCAGGAAGAGAUGGCCCAGAAGCUCAGUGAGAUCUUCAGCCUGAAGACCCAGCUGCGGGAGGCCCAGGCUGAGGUGCAAGCCAAGGACUCUCAGCUGGCCCAGCUAGGGGACUCACCUCUGGGGGAUGCUCCUAUGCCAGGCUGCCAGGACUUCUCUGGCUGUGAAACUGACGACUCCAAGUGCUGGGGGCUUCACGGCGAGAGUGCGGAGCCCCCAGAGAGGCAGGUGGCGUGGCUGUGGGCAGAGCUGCUGCGGGCACGGCGCCAGGGCCAGCUGCAGGCUGUGAACUUUGAGCUGGAGCGCAAAACCUGGCAGGAGGAGAAGGAGAAAGUGCUGCGCUACCAGCGGGAGAUCCAGGCUGGCUACAUGGAGAUGUACCACCGCAGCCAGGCGCUGGAGCGGGAGCUGCGGCAGUUACGGGCCGAGCCCCGAGAGGCUGACACCGACUCGCCCUGGAUCGAGAGUGGCGAGGCUUCCAAGAUCUGAAUGGGAAGCCAGCAGCUCGGUUGCGGAAGGGCAAGAGCUCUUGGGCUGGCAGCCAGGCAGCACCUGGGGCUUGUGGGUUCCACUGCAGACUGGCGAUGCUGUGAACACUGGGGAGCGAGUGCUGCGGCUCUCUGUGCAGGGUUGCACUGUCAUUCUCACCGCCCAGCAUUGUGGGGCAGCCUGUGCUUCCUCCCCCCCCUGCUCUGGCCCUCUCCUUACGCUGUCCGCACUGCAUGCCUGCCAGUCUUGCUGCAUGCCCUCGGGAGAGCUGCAGGCCCUGGGCGCCAUGUAGGUAGCCUGCCCGUGGGGCUUGAGGCCUCUGGGCAGUGUGAAAUCUGGAUGCUGUGGAGCAGUUCCAGCCUGGGCUAGAGCUGCCCCACACUUGGUCCUCCUGCUGCAGAAACUCCAAAAGGGAGUCACUGCAAGGCUCCUGCCACGGGAGGCAGGUGCAGAGGCUGUGCGCCACCCGGGGCGGUGCCCUCUGCCUGGGGGCUUCGGAGCUGGGGUCUGUAUCCUGCCGUAGAGAAGGGGGCUGGGAAGCAGCUGCUGCCAGCGAGAUGCACGUGGCUCAGGCCUGCCCCCUGUUCUGACCCAGCCGCCUGGGGGGCAGGAGCACAUGCCUACUGGGAUCAGAUGGAUGAAGAAACUUCCCCCAGCAGCCCAACCCUGGCUGGGGGAGGAGCGGGGGGACCUGCCCAUGCAGAGAGAGAGCACCUGGUGGGCUCACAGGCAGUGAGGGGGAAGGUCUGGUCAGUUUCCCCUCCACUCAGCUGCAGCACCCAGGGGAGCAAAGCCUUUCACCAGGAGAUAGGCUGGGGUUGGCGCUGAGGGUAGGCAGGGACUGUCUAGCACCAUGGGGAGUGGAGGGCUGGGUGCCUGUGAUUGGCUGGGCUCUGGAUAUGAAGGUCCAGGCCUGGCAAAGCUGUACUCAGCCUCUCCUGGAAUAAAUCGCAAUUUGGUACUUCUGGCUCCUGUGGCUGCUUCUCUCUCCUGCAGGGGGGUGGCCCCAGCAGCUGCCCAUGGUGCUCACGUGGGCAAGUUACAGGCCUCCCGCUGUACAGUCUAGGGCAG